AUGCUUGCUUUCUUUCUUUCAGGUAAGGCUGAGGAUCCCGGAGUGGUAGGAAUGGAGUUACCCGUUGCUCGCAACAUCAAGAUCAGUAACAUCACCUGCGACUCCUUUAAGAUCUGCUGGGAUAUGGACCCUCACACCACAGAGAAGAUCACACAUUACUUCAUUGACCUUAACAAGAAGGAGAACAAGAACUCCAACAAAUUCAAACACAAGGAUGUGCCUACGAAGCUUGUUGCUAAGGCAGUCCCAUUGCCCAUGACAGUGCGAGGCCAUUGGUUCCUGAGUCCACGGACAGAAUAUACAGUUGCUGUGCAAAUAGCAUCCAAACAGACUGAUGGAGAUUACGCUGUAUCAGAAUGGAGUGACAUUGUUGAAUUUUGUACAGCAGAUUAUUCCUCGGUGCAUUUGACGCAGCUGUUGCAGAAGGCUGAAGUCAUUGCUGGCAGGAUGCUCAAGUUCUCCGUCUUUUACCGGAAUCAGCAUGAGGAAUACUUCCAACACUGCAGAGAUGUUCUUGGCAGUCGAAUGAUACCCUCGGUAAAGGAUAACAGCGGUAGUCACGGUUCACCUCUCAGCGGUAAACUGGAGGGGAUCUUCUUCAGCUGCAACACUGAGUUUAACACCGGUCAGCCGCCCCAGGAUUCCCCAUACGGCCGCUUCCGCUUCCAGAUACCUGCAGAGGUUCUGUUCACCCCUGAUACGCGCCUCUACUUCGGGGACUUCUACUGCAUGUACACUGCUUAUCAUUAUGUUAUCCUUGUCCUGGCUCCGCGGGGCUCGCACGGAGACCUUUACUGCAGAGAUCGCCUUCCGGAGCUGGAUGUGACGAACAACCGCUUUCUGACACGUGUCUGCGGGGAGGAUGGGCAGGUGGUGUUUCAGCAUGCGCAGGAUGUGAUUCUGGAGCUGAUUUAUACUGAGCCGGUGCCGCUGGCACAGGGGACUGUCUCUCAGAUCAGCGGCCACCAGUUGAUGAGCUUGUCAACUGUGAAUGCUAAGAAAGACCCCAGCUGCAAGACCUGCAACAUCAGCGUUGGGCGCUAACUUGGGCGAACAUUCACACAGACGCAGUUGUGCAUAUAACAAGAAGGCCUCCUGAACAACCUUUGAAUGCUACGUUACAAAACAAGAUACAGAUGAACUCCAAGACAAAUGGCCCCAGAAUCCUUCAGAUAUACUCAAACCCCUUUGGGGGGGCCUCACAGACCCCCAGCUAAUGCUAGAAAAUUAUAUCUUUGCUCAAUGAACUGAGAAGU